GCGUAUUGCUUAACUCUCUUUCCAAUGUUCACUUGUCGUAGGUACGUAUCUGCACACUUACGAUCAAUUAGGCAAAAACAAGCCCCGACUAGGGAAAGAGAACUGACUUUUAGGGCUAUGUGCUGGCCCUAGUACAAAUCAGUACAAGGUUCCGUGAGGCCAACCCCCCACCUCACCACCGAGGUUUCGCCCAACAACCCAAAUCAUAGUUAGCUGCCUCGAACACCCUUCUACAGGGAUUAUAGUCAGUGCCUCACAAGUCACGACCACACAUAUUUUGCUCUCUUACUGUCACAGAGAGACCAAAACCCCACUACAACAUCUCAUGGCCAUGAGUCUCCCCAGUCCAAAUCAUAGAUAGAGCCUCUCACAGCCACUUGGCAACUAGCAGGGCCUCACCUGUCACCUAUUAUCUAAGGUCUUCGCCACUAGUUAGCAAGCCAGUUCUACACAAAGGAUGAUAUUGUCAGCUUUUAGAAAUAUACUCAUUGCUUUUUUCUUCACAGGAUGUCACAAGAAUCAAAUCCAGGAUAUCCCCACCAGGCCCAGCACACCCUUCAGACCAGGGCCCCCCACAGAAUUCCUUGUUCUAGCUACCCCCGGGUUCCUGACAUCAUGGACCAUACCAAAAUUAGUGGCAGAGCUACAUCAUGGAAGUAUCCCUUUUCCCGGCUUUGGGUAGGAAGGCAGAACUCUACAAAUUGCUAACCGCUUAGUCCUGUGAUCUCAGACCCGGCAGAAGUUCACAGGGGCCCCGCUCCAGGGGAAACGCAAGACACUUUGUCUUCUAUCCUGUCGACCCUACAGGCCUUAAAUGAAAGACUGUCAAAACUAGAAACAGCCAUCUCUACUCCAUGCAACCCACGUGGCCCAUCAGUUACAGUACAAGCAACCCUAAACACACAGGGUAGCAAAAUCAAUACCCCCCUCCCACCACAUCACACACAAUUUCCCUUGCUCACUCGGUUCCAUCUUCUAUUAAAAAAUACUUUUUGGAUGGCAAAGACGUCAACCUGGUCUCCCUCCUUAUCUCUUCGCAGAACAUUCUAGAAAAUAGAGCAUUUGAUUAUGGAGAUAUUUCAGUGGUUCCCAAAACUAGAGACACACGAUGAAACAAAAAAUGUUCUAUCCCCGAAUUCGUCAUCGCCUUCGGUAUAUACAUGGAUGUCAUCUGCUCUGUAUACCCCCAAAGGCGGGAGGAAUUUGACCUCUAUCUGCCCAAGGUGGUGGACUUAGGGCUUAAAUAUGCGGGCUUCACCUUUUUAUGACUACAAGAAGUCAGUGUCAGCCAAAUCAGCAGUACAUCUGGCCCAGUUCAACAUCCGAAUAGACUGGAGUCAACUGGACACAGAACUGUUCUGCUGACAUUUUGCAGCAUGAAGUCCCCAUCCUGUACAGUAGACAUGUGCAAUUUGUUUUGGUCCGAAUUUAAAUUUGGAUGAAUUUCGGCAAUUCGGACAUUCGGAUGCUUCCGAAUGUCCAAAUUGGCGAAUUGCCGAAUUUCCAACGUGCCGAACCGAAUUGCCAAAGUGUCAAAUUUCGGAAAUGCCAAAAUGCUUCCGAUUUCUGAAAAGUUGCAAAACAGAAGAGGGAGGGAAACUUAAAGGAAUGAUGACAGGAAUCUAAUCCUAACUCUAAUCCUAACCUUCAUCCUAACCCUACUCCAAACCCUACUCUUACCCCUAACUCCACCAACUUGUGCCCCUGCAAAGCAGACCCCUCCACAUCCCACCCCACUAUUAACCCAACAGUCAAGACAAAGGGCAAAGGGAUAAGCUUGGCAGGCCUAUAGUAUUCCUUGGCAAGGUACAAGUGUGCAACAAUUUUAAUGCCGGCACAUGCAAUUACAGUGCAUGCAGGCUGUUGCACAUAUGCUCAAUCUGCUUUAGAGCACACACAAAGUCCAUGUGCACCUCCAAGCUUUUCCCAAAGAAAUGACUAACGGAGGUCAAUAUCGAUGCACUGGCCUACCACCUAUGCACUCACCCCUCCCCUCACCUGGUGGAUUUUUUGGUGUCAGGGUUCUCUUAUGGUUUUCACACAGGUCUUCUUGCACUCACCUCAGGCACUUUGGAAUGCCCAAACUUCCUAUCAGCUUCCAAUGAUCCAACUACAGUGGAUAAAUUGUUACUCAAAGAAACCCAGGCAGGUUUUAAGAUAGGACUGUUUGGCGUACAAAUCCUAUUGGGGUGGUUACCAAUAAAUCUUCCAAUAAAAAACGAUUGAUUAUAGAUUUCUCUGCUCCUUAUUCCUCUCACAACCCCAGCAUCAAUUCACUAAUACAUGCUGAAGAGUUCUACUGCCACCAUGCCAAAGUAGACAAUGCCAUACAAGCCACACACUCAGGCAGUCGAGCAUAAGUAAGACUGAUAUAACCAACGCAUUAAAACGUCUACCAAUCCAGGAAAGGAGGGGUCAUGAUGUAAUGACGUUGUGACGGAAGAGGAUGGGCAUCCGCUAUAGAUUGGAACAGCCCAACGACCGCUUGAACUAUCUCCCCGACCUACUCUCCCUCAUGGCGUUUUCGUCCAAGCCUUAACCAGCUGCGGCAAGACUUUGGAUACUAUUUGAUGAUAACUCUGGCUACCUGGCUCCUUGAGCUCCCGACCAUACUAACCUCCAGCACGGUCUCCCUUCUAACAGCUACUAAACAAGCUGUGGGGCAGCGUGUGACCCAGCCGGUAAGAAUAUUUUGCUGGGAACGCCAAUCACCGCACGGCAAGCUUGAUUCAAUCACUCUAUCUCCUCCCAUUGACAACGUUGCACUGUACAGCAGCUAA